CUGCUGCUCCUGCUGCUCCUCCCGUGGAGCCCGGGGCCUCCAUGUGCAGCUCCUCUCCGCCGCCCUGUGAGCGUCUCGGCCCGGCCUCUGCAGCCUCCUCCUCCUCCUCCUCCUCCUGCUGCUCCUCCUGCUCCUCCCGUGGAGCCCGGGGCCUCCAUGUGCAGCUCCUCUCCGCCGCCCUGUGAGCGUCUCGGCCCGGCCUCUGCAGCCUCCUCCUCCUCCUGCUGCUCCUCCUGCUCCUCCCGUGGAGCCCGGGGCCUCCAUGUGCAGCUCCUCUCCGCCGCCCUGUGAGCGUCUCGGCCCGGCCUCUGCAGGCUCCUCCCCCCGCGAGCGGGCCCGGUGCAGCUCAGCCCCCCGCGGUCAGUCCGCCGCCGCUCCGGUCCCUCCCCGGCUGUCAUCGAGCAGCGACCGCGCCUGUGGACCCAGAGGAUCCCGCAGGAUCCCGCAGGAUCCCGGAGGAUCCCGGCAAACAGAAAGAGAUGGUUUCAUCCAUGAAGCGGUGCCAGCAGUCACAGUGACGAGUGGAAAAUGACUCAGAGGAAUGGAACCGGAGGGAAGAGCGAUCACUUCCUUCACUCGGAGUCCGCCGGUGCUUGUGCGAAGGCCAAAGGCCCGGAGGAGGAGAAAGUCCAGGAGGCCUGGUACUGUGAGUCCGAGGCGGGGGGGCAUGGAGGAGAGCGCAGGGACUCUGUGGCUGUGACGGGGGAGGUCAUAGCUCCAGAUGGCGGCUGGGGCUGGGUGGUGCUGGUUGGCACCAUCAUGGUCCUGGCUCUGACCUUGGGCUUCCCCACCUGUGUGGGGAUCUUUUACACUGACCUGCAGAAUGACUUCCACGCCUCCAACAGCGAAACGUCCUGGGUGCCCUCCAUCAUGACGUCAGUGCUCCAUGCAGGAGGUCCCUUCUGCAGCGUGCUGGUGGACAGACUGGGCUGCCGAGCCACGGUCAUGCUGGGCGGAGUCCUGAGUGGGCUCGGGAUCGCGGCCAGCUCGUUCACGCAGUCCAUCGGCGAGCUCUACCUCACAGCCGGGGUUAUCACAGGACUUGGUUUCUGCUUCAGCUUCCAACCAGCUGUGACAAUCCUGGGACACUACUUUGUGCGCCGUCGUGCGUUUGCCAACGCCAUGUCCUCCACGGGCACGGCCCUGGGAAUGUGCACUCUGCCCGUCCUGGGUAACUACCUCCACUCUGAGCUGGGCUGGAGAGGAAGCUUCCUUGUUCUGGGGGCCCUCCUGCUCAAUUGCUGCGUGUGCGGAGCACUGAUGAGGCCCCUCCAGCCGCCCACGCGCCAAGGCCCGCCCCUGAUGAGCCAGGGUCCCCCUCCACCAGAGGAGGACAAUGUGAAGAAGGAGACUGGGUGGAUAAGGACAAUAUGGAACUACCUGCUGGCUUCCAUGAACAAACAUAUGGCAUUUGGUCAGUUAUGCAACAACCCGCGUUACCGUGCGUACGCCAUCGGCAUCACCUGGAUGAUGCUCGGGUUUGUGGUGCCCUUGGUGUAUCUGGUUCCCUACGCCACAGCAAACAACAUAGAGCAGAGCCAGGCCGCGCUGCUGCUUACCAUCCUGGGUGUCGUCAACAUCAUAGUGCGUCCGCCCUUUGGCGUCAUUGUCAACAUGCCCUGGUUCAAAGGGCGACACAUUUAUGUAUUCGCCGCGGCUUUGCUGGUCAACGGGCUCAGUAACAGUAUCUGCUGCAUCGGGCCCAGCUUCAUCGUGCUGCUGUGGUAUGUGAUAGUCUACGGCCUGUCCAUGAGUGUGGUGGGCUCCCUCAUGUUCACCGUGCUCAUGGAUACCGUGGAGAUGAGCUGCUUCCCCUCGGCCCUCGGCCUGCUCGCCAUCAUGGAGAGCGUCACGCUGCUCAUCGGGCCUCCACUCGCAGGAAUCCUGAUUGACAGAACCGGCGAGUACUACCACGUCUUCUUUGCCUGCAGUGCCGUCGUUUCCUCGGCCGCCGUGUUCCUCAUCGUGUCGUUUCACUGCCUGGAUAAGAAGGAGAGGAAUGUGCAAAAGCUGAGUCAACCGUCCCCGCCGCCCGACCCCUCGAGGCCGGCAGGCGACGUGGCUCCGCGCUGUGAGUACAGCAGCGUGCCCACAGAGGGCUGACGGGGCUGAGUGAACCGCCGGCCUCUGAACCUGCUCCCACUGCACGUCGCCCUCGUCACACGUCACGCUCCGAGUCCGACAGGUUUCGCAAAUAGCUCGUGAUGUUCGGCAGAUGGUGCAAUGUUUACUUUCCGCGGUUGAAAGGCUGCGCACCCGAGUCCCGGGCCAUCUGAUACGCCAUAAAAGUAAAAAUAAAUACUAGGACUUGUUUGACCAAGGUUUGAUCCUGCGUACCAAAAUGAACAGAUGUGCACUUACACCCACAACGUGAUUGUACUGCUAAUUGUAAAAUGCUGCUGAUCUCAUCCACACGAUCACACAACAACUAUCACAGAUGAGGUGUCUGACUUCAUCAAGCCUGAAGAAAUCCUGUUUCCAGAUGUUUCUAAUGGGUGUUUGGCAUGUGACCUGAGAAGAUGAAACACUCUUAUUGUGAUAUUCAACAUCUCGUCCUAAAUUCUAAAAAAAGGUUAAGCGGUGAAAUCAAGGUGGUGAAAAUACAAAGGAAUCAAUUAUCAAGGAAAAGGCUGGUUUUAUUAUUUUGUGUUUUUCUUAUUGUCAAAGAAAAAUUCCCCAAAACAGCACAUCAGUUAGUUUACCUCUACAGUGCAUGUCACACAAUACAGUCUCAGAUCCUAGUAGUACUACAUAGCACUAAACUACAUAGUACUAAACUACAUAGUACUCAACUACAUAGUACUCAACUACAUAGUACUAAACUACGUGACCCCGGGUUCAGUCAUUUCUCAGAACAUCUGGACACUGAUGAUUUCAUGGCUCCGUGCCGGCGACACACAGAUGUAUCGUGUUUUCCGCUCGUCCGUCCGUCCCGUCGUCGAACAGGAAAAUCUCAAGAACGCCUUGAGGGAAUUUCUUCAAAUUUUGUACAAACAUUCGCUUCAGCUAAAGGAUCAACUGACUAGAUUUUGGAGGUUGAAGGUCCAAUGUCAAGGUCACAGUGACCUCAUGUGAAUCUGGAAUUUAAUUUAAUUUUAUAUGAGUCAAACUGCUUGUUCUUGAGAACAUGAUAUAUCAAGAACACGUUUCCUUAAGAACGCAUCAAGAGAAUUGUUUCGAAUUUGGCACAAAUGUUCACAUAGACUGACAUUAAUCCAUUCGCUUUCUGUGGUCAAAGGUCACAGUGACCUCACUUACUUACAGGAGCAGAUAGUGCUUUUGUAUGGGACUAUUUUUAGCAGCGGAUUAAUACACAUUUGGCUCGAUGGGGAUAUGGGGACAUAGGACAGUGUGUGUGUGUGUGUGUGUGUGUGUGUGUGUGUGUGUGUGUGUGUGUGUGUGUGUGUGUGUGUGUGUGUGUGUGUGUGUGUGUGUGUGUGUGUGUGUGGUGAUUAAGGAAAAUGUCACCCAGUGCAACCGUGUGAAUUAUUUAGUUUCAGUACGACAGUGGAGUUCUGUGGCUCAGAGGAAUAUUGAUCCACAGACACACUGUGUUUAUUAGAAGGAUCUUUGACAAUAAAAAAAAAUCAGAAUGUAAAAUAAAACCAGUCUUAUUUUUAAAUGUCAGUAGCUGAAGGACUGUUACUGUCAGAUUUGAUCCGGGUAUGAAAAGGAGAGUUGCUUGUUGUCCUGGUCUUUUUCCACAUCUGCUUACAGCUUUAUUAAUUAAAUGUCCAUGUCCUCGUGGAGACAUUAAACAGCCUAAUGGAUAUUACACCCAUGUGAAAGAGUUGCUUCAGAUCAUUGAAGGUUGAUAGUAAAGAUUCUGUUGGUCGUUCACUGUCGCACGUAGAAAAUGAAUGUAUGCACAGUUCAAGUAAAAGAACCAUGUUUCUCCUUUCGCAUGCUUUUCAUUCCUUUAAUGGAACAGUGCCUUUUCACAGAAGCUCGUAUCUUUAAAAGAUCGUCGACAGCCACAGGAUGAUAUCCGACGCUUUCUGGAUCACUGGUCAGAAGCGGAUGAUUUCACACUUUGAAACAUUUCAGGAGAGAAUUAUCUGAAGGGCACUGAGACGUCCGCAGCGUCCACACGGACAUGUUCUAUGACACUGAGUUUACCUUCAGUUCCAAUCAGUUUUGUCUUUUGAUGAAUGAACCGUUAGACGAUCACAGCGCCUGUUGACGUAUGAACAAAGCUGAUUCAUGUCAGAUUUAUGUGAAAUAUACACUUCAGGUAUUAACUGUAUCCCAGUAAACAAACUGUAUAACAAGAGAAUCUAUUAGUCCUCUUUAGAGCUUGUCUUGCUUAGGGCCAAAUGAUGCCUUUAUUAUAAAUUCUUUAUUUAUAUAUAAUGAUCACGGGAAAAAAUAAAUGUUUGAAUAUCAA